AUGGGCUUUGGCAAGCACCGACCGAACGAAGAUUAUUGCUACAAGCAGAUUGUAUGCCCUGCGUGCAAAUGGGCGUUCUUUCCCCAUCGCUUCUGUUUCCAGGAAUGUUCGGCCAAGAUCAAUUUCUGCAUCCAAGGCGAAACAGCCGACGAGGUAUCUCUUUCCGAGGACAGAGACUUGAAGUCUAGGGUUUUCGGAAAGCGAGGAUCACCUGCAGUUUAUAUCAUGCUUGUGAUUGAGGUGGAUCUUCCUGGUAAGUAUCCGGACGUGGAUGAGUUGGAGGUCAUAGAUGCUGUACGAUUUUACAUGCCUGAUAAGAUGCGGACGUCUUUGUCCAGAAUGUCGACCGCUUCAACUUUGAGUUCCCCUGCCUCUCAGAGUGGCAGUAUGAGAUUGAAUCCGAUGGAAAUACGCUACAUCCAAGACAGCAUAUCCAACCGCUUCCAGUGUGGUCGCCGCGUUCGCGACACCAUGGAGAAGUUGAGGGAUGGCCGCCUCCAAGUCGGACAUUCCCAAGAUUCGGGCCUUUCAGCGUAA